AGCCAUUUUGGUUCAAGCCACUUACACAGCCAGGAAACAGUUAUAACAAAAUCGAGAAGACGAUCAUCGCGAAUGAUCUGCAGACGGCAACGUUCAGAGAGGAUCAUUGAGCAGCGCCCGUGGGCACGCACCCGUUGGCAGCGCCCGUGGGCGCGCACCAUGGGCCAGGCCAUUGAUAUGCCACACUUUGGCUUGCGCGCCCAGUGGCAACAUUGGGGGUCGGACGCCACUUAAUGCCCGGAUGCUCCUCCAAGUUCAUCCUUCACAGGGCCGCUGGCGUUGGCGGUUCCACGUUCUGCCUUGCGGUUUCAUUCCCACCAGUCGGAUGGCUAACAUGCAGCGCGCAAUGCAGACGAUACGUUUUCCCGUAACGUUGACAGGCGGACGUCACUUGAUGCGACGGUCCCCGCCUUGUCUGACUCAACAUCUUUUCGGCUUCCAUCCCUGUGCCAUUUUUGUUUAAACUUUUUCACGGGGAUGUAGGGCUCAAGAUUUCACCCCGCAGCAUGCUCGAAUCUUGAUUCAGCAAUGGUGUACGGUUCCUUGCUCGUCGCCCUGUUCGCGGCCCCGGCGUCCGGGCUGGCGGCGGAGCGACUGCCGCAAUCUUGCUUGGAGCGCGCCUCGCUGAUGCGCCCGUGUUGAAGCGCAACGCGCGCCGUAUUCAAAAUGUCCGCGUUAGUGCGCUGCGUGUUGGCUUGGCACGUGCUCGCCCGCAUUUUGGCGAACGCAUCGCAGCAGGCCUACGUUUUCAGUCUACGUGUUGAGCUCCGUGUCGACACGCUCGUGCUGCUUGUUGCGUAUCGGGGCAGCUAAGGCGCCCCGUCAAAGGGCGCCUUCCAGCACGCCCCCCAGUCGGAACCGCAGGCGCCUGCCUGAGGAGAGGCCCGGCUGACGGACUUCGUUCCCUGGACGGCGGAAUUGUCGAACCAGGCGUCGAUCGAGCGGCGCAUCUCCAAAUUGAAGACGUUCGACAUGAAGAUCGGCAACAAGCAGAACGUCAAGUUCACGAGCAAAGAGGGUCUGACAAUUUUUUCGCGCUUGUUCAGCGGAGCGCCCAGCGGGACCGCGCGCGCACGGAUUCUUCCUGGAGAUGGGCGCCUUCAAUGGGCUCGCGGAGUCCAACUCAGUCUUCUUCGAGUGUUGCCUGGGCUGGACGGGCUUGGGGAGGGCAUCCCCGAUCAUUACAAAGUCAUGGUCGAGAACAGCACGAGGCCGCCAACGCACAAACUCAACGUCGCCCCAUCUUGUGCGUCCGACAAGGAGCAGGUGCAAUUCGUCUUUGGGCUGACUGAUUCGGGGCUGGGUGACCUUGCUGGCUCCAACCCUGCGAAGGAUGUCGCCGACCUGCACUGCGGGCCGCUUUCCCUGUACCUGCGCGACCCCAACAUCACCCACAUCGAUGUCUUCUCCCUGGGCGUGGGGGGCGCAGAGCUCCUGGUGCUUAAGACGGUCGAUUUCAGUAAGGUCAGAAUCCCCGUGGUCAUGGUGGAGUCAUUUGGCAGGGGCUACCAGGCGAUCUACCCCAAGCGCAAGGCCUUUCGCGAGCUUGUGGUUUCCAGCGGAUACAGGCUGGAUGCUGGAUUGGGCGGCGCCUGACGCCUGGUGGGUGACGCCUGACGCCGGGAUGCGUCGGACGCUGCAUCUGCAGUCAGCCUGGCCCUGUGCGAGACUAAGGGAUAGUGGGGGACGGUGGCGUUUGGUCGCGCAGCUCUCACCCUGUCCAGCUUGCUGCAGGUGCCCAGUUGUGAAAUUAAAAGCAAUAUGCUGUGAGUGGCCCCGCUGGCUCUCUGCUUGAUUAACGUUUCCCUCUCGUCGUUGUUUCGACGACGCGGGGGGCUAAGCGCGCGCGUGCAUUCUAAGGCUUGCGAGAAAGGAUUCGUUUUCAAAAGGCGAGGGCGAGCAG